GUGAAAUAUAAAGCACCCGAUAGCCGAUGCUGAACAGUAAACGGUUCUUCUUCUUUGGUGGGGUGGUUGUACUCUUGUGUCGAUAAGGCAAUUUCUAAUUUUCUAUUCUAUGAGAGACUCAAUUCCUUCCAUGGUUUUGUCUGCAGAUCGAGAGGGGUUUUAUACACAUGAUUAAGAUUAAAAUAAACACGACCCACUGCCCAUCAAACAAAACUUCAAUCUGGGUUGGUGAGAUUUAAGGAAGAUCAUUAUCUUCUUUAGAGUAUUCAUUGAUUGGUUCUCCUCCCCUGUUCCAUUUCAGGGGGAUCUGUUCUAUUCCCAAUGGAAAUUUCUGUGAUAUGUUUCUGAUUACUCGUUGGGUUUCGGAUUAACUUUUGCAUCUUAUCUCGAUUGGUUGUUGGGGUGAUAUUUCUGCCUUCUGAGACUUGUGGGUUUAUAUUCUUUGCCUCCCAUCUGCUUGUUUUGAUCCUCGUGCCUGAUCUUUGAGUUGAAGUUAUGUUGGGAAACUCAGUCAUGACUCAUGAGAGCAGAGCGGAGUAUGUUUUUUACGGCUCUCUGUUUCAUGUCAGCUUAUCCAAGUAAAAGGAACUUUUAGUGUGGUUUUUGAUCUCUUUUUACUAUAAAUAAGUGAUGAGUACAAGGACCCAUUGCCUGUUGCUAGAUAGAAGGUAGAUUGUUUCUUAUAUUAGAUAAAUGGAAUCUAGUAAUGGAUUCUAUGCAGUCGACGAGUUCCGGUUGGAUGCCAAGUGGCUGAUCGAUCCGAAACAUCUCUUUGUUGGGCCGAGGAUUGGAGAAGGAGCUCAUGCCAAAGUAUACGAAGGAAAAUACAAAAACCAGACUGUUGCUGUUAAAAUUGUUCAUAGAGGAGAAACUCCCGAGGAGAUUGCUAAGAGAGAAGCGAGAUUUGCAAGAGAGGUUGCAAUGUUAUCUAGAGUUCAACACAAAAAUUUAGUAAAGUUUAUAGGGGCAUGUAAGGAGCCUGUCAUGGUAGUAGUGACUGAGCUUUUGUUGGGUGGUUCAUUACGAAAAUACUUGCUGAACAUGCGGCCCAGAUGCUUGGACAGACGUGUUGCCAUUGGUUUUGCACUUGAUAUUGCUCGCGCAAUGGAGUGUUUGCAUUCUCAUGGGAUCAUCCAUCGAGAUCUAAAACCUGAAAACUUGAUAUUGACUGAAGACCACAAAACAGUGAAACUGGCGGACUUUGGUUUAGCAAGAGAAGAGUCACUAACAGAGAUGAUGACUGCUGAGACGGGCACAUACCGCUGGAUGGCCCCGGAGUUAUACAGCACAGUCACAUUGAGGCAUGGAGAGAAGAAGCAUUAUAACCACAAAGUUGAUGCCUACAGCUUUGCAAUUGUGUUAUGGGAACUCUUGCACAAUCGGUUGCCAUUUGAAGGGAUGUCGAACCUGCAGGCAGCCUAUGCAGCUGCUUUUAAAAAUGUGAGGCCCAGUGCAGAAGACCUCCCUGAGGAUUUGGCCUUAAUUCUAACUUCCUGCUGGAAGGAGGACCCGAACGCCAGGCCCAACUUUAGCCAAAUUGUGCAGAUGCUAUUACAUUAUCUUUCGACCCUUUCACCACCUGAGCGAAUGAUACCAUCUCCCAUUUUCACUUCCAAAAAUGCAGUCUUGCCACCAGAGUCUCCAGGUACAAGCUCUUUGAUGGCUGUCCGAGAUGACUUGGUGGAGACCCCAAAAGCCAAGAUGGAAGACGAGCCAAAGGGUUGCUUCUUCUGCUUCAACCAAUGUUGUUAAUUAUCAGCAUGAAAAAGAAAAAUAUAUGAGAUUAGAUCUCCUGGGGAACCCAAAUUACUGUAUGGGAAGCUUAGCGAAUUAGGUUCUGAUCCCGCAAACAGAUACUACAGAUAAACAGUUGAUGUUUAGUUUCCUCAAGUCUGUUAGUUCUGUUGCCAAGGAGAUGCUCUUUUGUACCUGGAUAGUGUCGCUAAAAUCUACAUAUUUGUAAGAUCCUUUCCUAAUUAGCUUUUGAUCUACAUUAA